GUGGGGGGGGGGGGGGGGGGGAUUUGCCGUUCAUCUCCUUUUUAGAGAACAGCUAGUUGUACAAAAGUACUGAAACAUUGAACAAUUGGAAAUGUGCAAUCAAAGGUUUUGAGACAGUUCGUCCUGAAAUUUCACCCCAAAGCCGGAGAUCCCUGUCUUUUUGUAAGAUGUGCAUUUAAAAUGGUGUUUUCCGUGAAGAUGUUGCAUAAUCCAAAGCAGAAAAAUGUGGAACAUUAUAAUGGUGGUGUUGCUCUCUAAAUCUGUUGUGUGUCCCCCUUUCAUUGGUACUAAUCUUAACUGGCUUUAGUCUCAGAAAAUGGACACCCGGUUCACUCGAGGGAAAUCCAACAUCUUGGAGCGCCCCUUGACAAGACCCAAGACUGAAGUCAGUGUGAGUGCUUUUGCAUUGCUCUUCUCAGAGAUGGUCCAGUACUGUCAGAGUCGAGUGUACUCUGUUUCGGAGCUGCAGACACGCCUGGCUGACAUGGGCCAGAGUGUGGGAGCUGGCAUGCUAGAUGUGCUGGUGCUGAGAGAGAAGAAUGGCAAGAGGGAGACAAAAGUCCUCAACAUGCUGCUUUUUAUCAAGGUGAACGUAUGGAAGUCUUUGUUUGGGAAGGAAGCUGACAAACUGGAGCAGGCCAAUGAUGACGACAAGACUUACUACAUCAUAGAAAAGGAGCCCCUCAUCAAUGCGUACAUCUCUGUGCCCAAAGAGAACAGUAGCUUAAACUGCGCUGCCUUUACAGCAGGCAUCGUGGAGGCCAUUCUCACACACAGUGGCUUCCCUGCCAAAGUCACUGCCCACUGGCACAAAGGCACCACACUCAUGAUCAAGUUUAAUGAGUCGGUCAUAGCCCGGGACAAAGCUUUAGAUGGCAGAUAAGGACAGCACGGAAAACCAGGGAGGUUUGUGUUUAUUUUUUGAUUUUUUGUUCUUCAAUGCAGGACAAAGAUAAAUAUUUAAUUGCAGUUAUUCCUUUAUAUUGGAGUAACAGAUGUAUUCCCAUUAUACUUUCAUUGUAUAAAGUGACUGUAGCCUCUUUCACAUUGACUAUCGACCUGUAAGCUGACAUUUUCCCAGCUUGCUGUCCUGUGUGUAAGGUACCAAUCCGCGAAGGGGGUUGAAGUUGACUUGGAAAUUUGCCAGCUUCCACUAGCUACCGACCAGAGUGUGAAGUUUAACACCGGGUUUCACUGUCUACACCUUUUUGUUGUAAGCGAUUGCUGUUGUCACACUGACUUUGCCAUGGAAUUAAUUAUCUUAAUGGUGCACGCUUAAUGUCCCGUUUCAACGAGUUCUGCCUGAAAGGCACAGGCUAAUAAAUCCUGGCUCUACUGUUGUCACUUCUGCCCCAAUUUACAGGUAAUGCAGUGUAAAAACGGCUUGUGAUAGGCAUGGACAACAGCCUUAGUCGGAGAAGAUGCUUUUAGUUGUUUUCUCAGUCUGUGUUCAUCAUGUCCUACUAUAUUUCAUGAAAUAACACUUCAUGGGAAAAAUUCAAAUUUGUACCAUACUGAAAACAUCUUGUUUCAAUAUUGUAUUAUUCAUUUAUAUAAUGUAUAAUAUGUAAGGUAUUUCAUUGAAAGCGCUUAUAUUAUUUGAUGAAUGAAUCCACAUUUUACAAGGCCUACAUUAAUUGGGGAAUAUUAUUUCUGACGUACUUUUUAUACUCGUCUCCUCAUAAUCAUGGCUGAUGAGUAUUGUUUAAAAAAACGGGCAUAUGCUAAGGAGCUAUUGUCUUACUCAUUUACAUGCUGCAUAGAUGAACAGUUAUAAAUAGAUUUUUCUUUUAACACAAAAAAAUGUGUACAAUAAUUCUUAUACAUAGAAUUAAUGGCAGAUUUAGCCCAACAAAAGUUAGAUGUCAGGUUGACAUUGUCUUGCAUGUAAUUGUAACUUUAGUUUGUUUAUUUUUUUUAAUUUACUGUCAGCGUCCCGGGUCUGUAUAUAAUAACACAAAGUACAACUGGUACAUGAAUGAUUUUAUGAUUGUGGUUAUGUGUCUAAUGGGAAAAUAAACAAAUUUAUAUGUUUAAAAGCAACAGAA